AUGCAGACGUUUUCGGCGGUUACUCUCACCGUCCUUUUACUCAUCUCCCUCUCCACCACCACCGACGCCCACAACAUCACUCAUAUUCUUGACAAAAGCCCAGAAUUCUCAACCUUCAAUCACUAUCUCACACUCACUCACCUCGCCGGAGAAAUCAACCGCCGCCAGACUAUCACCGUCUGCGCCGUCGACAAUGCCGCCAUGUCUGCCUUGAUUGCCAAAGGCUUGUCACUUGUCACUAUAAAAAAUGUUCUUUCCCUUCAUGUCUUUGCCGACUACUUCGGCUCCAAAAAGCUCCACCAAAUCACCAAAGGCUCCACCUCCACCGCUACCAUGUAUCAAGCCACCGGUGAAGCCCCUGGCACCACCGGAUACGUACAUAUCACCGACGUUAAAGGUGGUAAAGUUCACUUCACUCCCGAAGACAAUCCCACUCAAACUGUUCUUUACGUAAAAUCCAUCUUAGAAAUGCCUUACAACAUAUCUGUCAUUCAAAUUAGUGAAAUUCUACAGUCGCCGGAGGCUGAGGCACCGACGUCGGCACCGGAUCUGAACUUAACUUCGUUGUUACAAAAAGACGGAUGCAAAGCGUUUUACGAUCUGUUAUCAACUUCGGGGGCUAUCGGAACGUUUUUAAGCACGGUUGACGGCGGAAUAACGGUGUUCUGUCCCAGUGACGACGCUAUUACGGCAUUCGCGCCAAAAUACAAGAACUUAACGGCGGAAGAGAAGACGUCUUUGUUGCUUUACCAUGGUGUUCCGAUCUAUAAUUCCAUGGGGAUGCUGAGAUCAAGCAAUGGGUUGAUGAAUACGUUAGCGACAGAAGGGGCAAAGAAGAAAUACGACUUCACUGUACAAAACGUCGGCGACGAUGUGAAGUUGAAGACAAAAGUGGUGACGGCGGCGAUUACAGGGACGGUGAUCGACGACGAACCGGUGGCGCUUUACAAGAUUGAUAAAGUUUUGUUGCCGAGGGAGUUGUUUAAGGGGACGGCGGAGGCUGAUGAACCUGCAGCGGCACCGAAGGCGGCGAAGAAGAAAAAGAAGGCGGCGAAGAAGGGUGAUAAUGCGGAUGCCCCGGGGCCAGACUCUUCAGAAGACGAUUAUGGUGGUGGUGAUGCGGCGGAUCAGACGGCUAGUUCCGGUGGGAGGCUGGUGGCGUCGGCGUUUACGGUGUUGUGUCUCGCACUCGUUUUUGUUUGA